GGAAUCUCACAAAAUUUUCAUCUCAAUUUCUCUCUCUAGGGCAUUUCCGGGGAAGAUUUCACUCCCAAAAGAUGGAUGGUCAAGAUGAUGCUAAACAAAGUACCGCUGACAUGAUUGCGUUCGUGCAAAAUCUUCUUCAGCAAAUGCAAUUGAGGUUUCAGACAAUGUCAGAAUCUAUCAUCUCUAAAAUUGAUGAGAUAGGUAACCGGAUUGAUGAGUUGGAGCACAACAUCAACGAUCUUAGAGCUGAGAUUGGUCAAGAAGGCACUCCAUCGCCUUCAGAUCCAAUGAAGACUGGAGAAGAACCCAAAUCUGGUGGAGAUAGUUAAAGAAA